CAACCCCGCCUUCCGACCUCGCUUUGCCUUGUGAAUGACAUUGAGCUCAACUCAUCCCAGUGAGCGUUGGCUCUUUGUCCAACCUCGAAGCAAUCACAGUGCCUUCUCCCACUGAACAUCAGCGCCAUCGGGCCCUUUGCCAUGGCGUAUCUCACCCUCUCCGGUGACUCCUGCUUCACCGACUUCGAGGCGCAAAAACUGAAGGAGCUGAUUAACAAAGUUGCGCCCAUCAAAGUUUCCGCUCUCCGCGGUAACUGGAUCUACUAUGCCCACAUUGAGGGUGAUGCUGCCUCUGCCAGACAGACACUCGCCCAAUUGCUCCCACUCCCUGCCGACUCGGGCCCGUCUACCCCCCAUCUCACGCACAUCGGCUUCAGUCGGAACUGGUACGUGACUCCGCGCUACAUCUCGCCAUGGAGCUCCAAGGCCACCAGCAUCGCCCAUGUGUGCGGGUUCGAGCAGCAGAUUCGCCAGAUAGAGCGCGGGCGCAUCAUCUCCAUCGAGUUCGAGCAGCCUUAUAACGACAAGACGGUCCCUUUCCGCGACAUACUGCACGAUCGCAUGACCGAAAACCUCACCGUCAAUGCCCCGGAUCUCAAUGCCAUGUUUGCCGAGGGACAGCCCCUACCUCUUGAGGUUGUCAACAUCUUCGCCCAUGGCCAGGACCCAGCGCAGGUGCUCAAUGAGUACAACAAGACCCGCGGUCUGGCGCUGGACCAGUCUGAGGUGGAGUACCUGGUAGAGAAGUUCACCCAGUUGGGGCGCCCGCCGCACGACAUUGAGCUCUUCAUGUUCGCCCAGGUCAACUCUGAGCACUGCCGCCACAAACAAUUCAACGCGAACUGGACGAUCGAUGGGCUGACCAAGACGAAAUCCCUGUUCGACAUGAUCCGGCACACUCACAAAGCGACCCCGGAUUUCACCAUCUCUGCCUACAGUGACAACGCUGCUGUUAUGCAGGGCUCGCCGUCCGCCCACUUUUGGGCCCCCGAUUACUCGACUGGUUCCUGGAAACUGAACAAGGAGCUUCUGCAUGUCUUGGCCAAGGUCGAGACCCACAACCACCCGACGGCCAUUGCCCCUUUUCCCGGUGCAGCUACAGGAUCUGGCGGAGAAAUCCGCGACGAGGGCGCAGUUGGGAGGGGCUCAAUGCCCAAGGCUGGGCUUUGCGGAUUCUGGGUGUCGGACCUGCUUAUCCCCGACCAUCGAGCGCCGUGGGAAAUCGACGUUGGCCGUCCGGCCCACUUCGCAAGCAGCCUGGACAUUAUGCUUGAAGCCCCCAUCGGCAGCGCCCGUUUCAACAAUGAGUUCGGACGCCCCUGCCUAACAGGCACAUUCCGAACCCUUCUCACGGCUGACGACACCGGCGCCGAAGGAGAAUACCGUGGCUACCACAAGCCGAUCAUGAUUGCCGGCGGCCUCGGCACCGUCAGGGAAAAGCACGCGCUCAAGCGGCCCGAGGAUGUUCGCGAGGGAGCACACGUCAUUGUUCUGGGUGGGCCAGCGAUGCUGAUCGGUCUUGGGGGUGGUGCUGCCUCGAGCAAUGCGUCGGGAGAAGGCAAUGCCGACCUGGAUUUUGACAGCGUCCAGCGUGGCAACCCCGAGAUGGAGCGCCGAGCACAAAUGGUUAUCAAUACCUGCGUUGCCUUGGGCGAUCAAAACCCUAUUGCUAUGAUCCAUGAUGUCGGUGCUGGCGGCCUUUCGAACGCGCUGCCGGAGCUCGUCAGGGACGCUGGCUUUGGCGGUAGGUUCGAGCUCCGUCAGGUCGAAAGCGUGGACCGCAGCAUGAGCCCGCUCCAGAUUUGGUGCAACGAAGCCCAGGAGCGGUACGUCAUUCUGGUAAACAGUGAAGGGAUGGAGCGGUUCACCAGUAUCUGCCGGCGAGAGCGAUGUGGCUUCUCGGAUGUCGGCACCGUCCUCUCUCGCGAGGUUGACGGUGUGUCAAGGUUGAUUCUGAGUGACAGGGAGUCAAAGGAGUACCCGCGUCCGAUCGACGUGCCAAUGGAUGUCCUCUUUCCCAAGGGGCGGAAAUUGGAGCGCAUUGUCAACUCCAAGAAACCCUUUUGGCCAGUGUUUGAUCCUAUCGCCAGCCUGAACCAGGCCGUCGGCGGUUCUGUCAGUGAUGCGGAGCUUUUCAGGAAAGCAGUACAACGUGUCUUUUGGAUGCCGUCAGUUGGCUCCAAGUCAUUCCUGAUCACCAUUGGUGACAGGACCGUUGGUGGUCUCACGACACGCGACCAAAUGGUUGGACCUUGGCAGACACCUGUUGCCGACGUUGCCGUGACAGCGACAUCGUUCAACCUGAACGGGUCAAGGACGGGCGAGGCGAUGGCUAUGGGCGAGAAGCCCACCCUUGCACUCAUCUCUCCUGCGGCUUCCGCCAGAAUGGCGGUUGCUGAGAGUUUACUGAAUCUUGGCGCGGCGGAUAUCAAGGGCGGAUCACAACGUGGAGACUUGCGGCGUGUCAAGCUCUCUGCGAACUGGAUGGCUGCUGUGAACCAUCCUGGUGAGGGUGCAGCUCUCUAUGAGGCCGUAGAGGCCAUCGGGAUGGAGCUGUGCCCGCAACUCGGCAUCAGUAUUCCCGUCGGUAAGGACUCGACAUCCAUGAAGUCAUCCUGGAAGGACGGGGAGACGAGAAAGAGCGUAACGGCGCCUGUAUCUGUCGUCAUCUCGGCGUUUACGCUUGUGGAAGACGUUCGACGCACGUGGACGCCACAACUUCGUCGGGUAGAAGAGGUAGGCGAGUCCAUUCUGCUCUAUGUCGACCUGGCGCAAGGCCACAAGGCCCUGGGAGGGUCUGCGCUCGCGCAGUCUCUGGGUGCGAUUGGCCACGAGGCACCAGAUGUUCGGGAUGUGGACCUCCUCAAGGACUACUUCGACGCGCUGGCUCAAUUGCAUGAGAGCGGUGUCGUCCUGGCAUACCACGACGUAUCGGACGGCGGUCUCAUCACGACCAUCGCAGAGAUGAUGUUCGCCGGCCGGUGCGGUGUCGAUUUGAUGAUGGAUAAAAUUGCAGACUCGGGGAGUGCGGCGGAUAUGGUCAAGGCUCUCUUCAACGAGGAGCUGGGUGCCGUCUUCCAAGUCCGUGCCUCGGACGAGAUCAAUUUCAAGCGAUGCUUUGCCACAUGCGGGCCACCUGCCGGCUUGAUCAAGAAGUUUGGCAGAGUUCAGCCGACCUCCAAGCAGACGCUCACGAUUCGCUACGGCGAGGGGUCACCUUUCGUCACCCUCGACAGAGGCGAGAUGCAGCAAUGGUGGUCCAAGACGUCCUACGAGAUGCAGAAGCUGAGAGACAAUCCGUCGUGUGCCGAGUCCGAGUACGCAGCCGUCUUGGAUUCCGACGACCCUGGUCUUUCCUUCGAUCUCACCUUCUCGCCCACCGAGAACAUUACCCCGUUAGCGGCAUCUAUCACCGGUUUCUUCGGCCGGAUGCCUCGCGUGGCCAUUCUCCGCGAGCAGGGCGUCAACGGCUACGCCGAAAUGGCCUUCGCCUUCCGCGCCGCCGGCUUCGACGCCGUCGACAUCCACAUGACCGACAUCCUUGCGGGCCGCUCGCUGGCCGACUUUGUGGGCCUCGCAGCCUGCGGCGGCUUCUCGUACGGCGACGUGCUCGGCGCCGGCCAGGGCUGGGCCAAGUCGAUCCUGCUGCACGACAAGGCGCGGCGCGAGCUGGCCGACUUUUUUCAGCGCAAGGACACGUUCACGCUGGGCGUGUGCAACGGCUGCCAGAUGCUUUCGCGCCUAAAAGAGCUCAUCCCCGGCGCCGAGGACUUCCCCACGUUUGUGGGCAACGCCUCGGCGCAGUUUGAGGCCCGCUUCAGCAUGGUCACGGUCCGGGAUAACCCGGCCCGGCCGUCGGUAUUCUUUCACGGCAUGGACGGCUCGUCGCUGCCCAUUGUGGUGUCCCACGGGGAGGGCAGGGCUCAGUUUGCGUCGGAGGACGCCCUCCGCAGGCUGACUGAGGCUGGUGGGAUCCCCCUGCGCUACGUGGAUAACCGGCUCAAUGUCACGGAGCAGUACCCGUACAAUCCGAACGGUAGCCCCGCGGGCGUGGCGGGUGUCGCGAGCAGGGAUGGCAGGGUGCUGGCUAUGAUGCCGCAUCCGGAGAGGACCAUCUUGGCCGAUGUGGCGAGCUACGUGCCGGCUGAGGAGGUGGGGUCGUGGGGUGAGUUUGGGCCGUGGUUGCGCAUGUUUAGGAGCGCGAGGAGGUGGGUUGGCUAGGCUAGACCAGAUCAGGGGUGGGUGUUUUCUGGGUGCUUUUUGGGCGUUGGUGCAUUGUUAGAGAGGGAGGUGCGGGAUGACGGUGGUUUGGUGAUUCAGGGCCGGUAUAUAGGGGGAGGAUGUGUUUUGUGUAGCUCUACUGAUACCUAUAAAAAGGGGUUUCCGGUGUCCGUUGUACACUGUAUUUCAUGACAUUUUCCUCUGGGGAGCUGUAGUGUGUUCUGGAAGCUAGAAAGCAGUGUUAUGUUCCACCUGCAGUUUCCCUUGUCUUAUUACUGGUGUAGUGAGGCAAAGAACCAGACGACCUUUGGAUAUAACAUCAAUAACACCAGAGCAAUCAGACCGUAAAGAUAUGUGUGUAUGGUUCGCUGCUCUCACUCUCAGUAUCAUGGAGACCCUCGAGGCUUAAGCCGUUUUAU